AUGCCGCCCGUCACUGUUCAUGCCGCCCGUCACUGUUCAUGCCGCCCGUCACUGGUCAUGCCGCCCGUCACUGGUCAUGCCGCCCGUCACUGGCCGUGCCGCCCGUCACUGGUCAUGCCGCCCGUCACUGGUCAUGCCGCCCGUCACUGCUCGUGCCGCCCGACACUGCUCGUGCCGCCCGUCACUGCUCGUGCCGCCCGGUCACUGCUCCUGCCGCGCGUCACUGCUCCUGCCGCCCCGUUACUGUUCAUGCCGCCCGAUUACCAUGCCAUGCCAUGUCCUCGUGCUCGUUUCCGCCCUUGCUCGUUUCUGCCGACAGUGACGGGCGCAGCUGGGCAACGGUGCGGCGAGGCUAAGGCGAAGCCAGUGAGGCACGAGGUGAGACAACGGUCCCCACUCUCCUGGCCCCCUUCUCCUAUGCUCUCAUCUCCUGGCCCCCUUCCCCUAUGCUCUCGUUCCUUUGCUCUGCACUCGUCGUUCCCUUGCUCUGCACUCGUCGUUCCCUUGCUCUGCACUCGUCAUUCCCUUGCUCUGCACUCGUCGUUCCCUUGCUCUGCACUCGUCGUUCCCUUGCUCUGCACUCGUCGUUCCCUUGCUCUGCACUCGUCGUUCCCUUGCUCUGCACUCGUCGUUCCCUUGCUCUGCACUCGUCGUUCCCUUGCUCUGCACUCGUCGUUCCCUUGCUCUGCACUCGUCGUUCCCUUGCUCUGCACCCGUCGUUCCCUUGCUCUGCACUCCUCCUCACCCCCCUGUUUUCCCAUCCCCCACUGUUCAUCCUAUUGCUUCCCCAUCCCGCUCUGUUCACCCCACUGUUUCCCCAUCAUGCACUGUUCACCCCACUGUUUCCCAUCCUGCACUGUUCACUCUCCGCUCUGGUGGCCUUCUCUCGCUGCAGGGCGCCGUGAAGAGACCUUCUCACCCCGCCAAGACACGAGACACAUCUACAAGUAG